AUGUCUGUUGUUUGGGCCCUGCGGUCUGUGGUGCUUUGUUCUGGCAAUCCACCUUCUAAGCACUUUGCAAUUUGCUGCACCGACAUGAAGCGCGAGUACGACCAGUGCUUCAAUCGCUGGUUUGCCGAGAAGUUCCUCAAGGGGGACGGCUCCGGAGACCCGUGCACCGACCUCUUCAAGCGCUAUCAGCAGUGUGUUCAGAAAGCAAUAAAGGAGAAAGAGAUUCCCAUUGAAGGACUGGAAUUCAUGGGCCAUGGCAAAGAAAAGCCUGAAAGCUCUUCUUGA